AUGUCUUACGUUGUUGAAAAGCAUUCAGAAUUGAUCAUUGCGACGAAGACAAAAGCGAAUGAAAAUGAAUUUUUGUCUGCUGUUAUCGAAAAACUGUCACUCGAGGGAAAAACUAGUAGAACAAUGAGAGAGCAAAGACUAGGAACACUGCCGAAAAUGGAACGCAUGCAAUUGUUACCUGUUCAAUUGAUAAAUAAAAACAGUGCAAGUCUAAAGCAAAUCUAA